AAUGUUUUAGAACUAUUGGCCCGCGUAAUCCAUCUUGUUUCGAUACGUGAAAGAUAAAGGGAAUAAUAUGGUACCGAUCUUCCGUGAUCCUCCCAAGCUGCUUGUGUUAUCCUGUACCGACCCCCCUCCCCCAGAGUCACUGUCUGUUUCCUCAUCCAUUGCCCCGUCCGUCAGGUCGUCGACCCGCCGCCAUCUUUCGGAGAGUGAGUCUGAGGCGGCGGCGAUGAGUGUCCGCAUUUACUUCUGUGGCAGCAUCAGAGGCGGGCGGCAGGAUGUGGAGAUAUACUCCCGGAUCAUCGGACAGCUGAAGAGAUUCGGGAAAGUUCUCAGCGAGCACGUCGGCCACCCGGAGCUGAAUGCGAAAGGUGAGGGUAGAAUGGAAGCUGAAGAUAAAUGCAUCCAUGAUAGAGAUUUGGAAUGGCUGCGGGAGGCUGACGUCAUGGUGGCAGAGGUCACUCAACCAUCGUUGGGUGUUGGUUAUGAAAUUGGAAGAGCUGUAGCCAUGAAUAAGAAGAUUCUGUGCCUGUUCCGACCAUCAUCAAAGUAUGUUCUCUCCGCAAUGAUUCGAGGAGCAGCGAAUGGAUCAAACAUCCAUGUGAAGGAUUACUCAGAGGAGAAAGUGGAAACAAUUCUACAACAAUAUUUUGAACAACACUUAUAGGCAUAAAAAUCAUUGCUUACCCAGUUAUAAAAAGGGGAUAAUGUUAACUGUUGGUGUUAUGUACCUGCAUACACAGAAACUGCUUCCAAUUAAAAUACAAGAUUUUUGAAGGACAAAUUGUGUCGAGUAAAAUAAAGAGGUGUGUUCAAGCUAGCUAU